AUGCGCGUAGUUUAUGUAUCCAUCGUGGCAUCACUCCUGCUCAGCUUUCUGAGUAUCCAAGCUGUUGAUGCUGCUAGUGGGGAGGCAGGGCUACGUGUAGGACUUCAAGGCACAUGGCGAAGCUUCGGGGACUCUCUACGCUCUGCCAGGCCGCAUUUGAUCGCUGCCGCAGUAGCGAGAUGUGCGAGCAUUACUGCUGGCUACCCACUAGACACGAUAAAAACGCGAUUGCACCUGGGCAGAGCAGCUGCGGCGACGUCGAUUCCCGACAUGUACAGAGGACUGGGUAGCUCUCUCGCUGGACAGGUGCCAUACGGAAUGCUGACCUUCGGAACGUACGAGUUGUACAAGACGGCUUUGCUGGAGAGAUUCCCGCAACUUCCGCGGGCCAUCACGUUUUGCUUGGCCGCGGUUCUUGGGGACAUGACGGGUAGCCUUUGGCUCGUGCCUUCCGAAGUGGUCAAGGUGCAAAUGCAGGGAGGCCUUCACGCUACCGUCGGCCAAGCAGCGAUGUCUAUCUUUAGGAAGUCCGGCGUUGGCGGCUUCUACCAAGGCUUCAGCGGGCAGGUGGGGCGCGACGUUCCCUUCCGAGCCAUCCAGCUCACCUCGUACGAGCUCCUACGGACGCUGCUCAAGACGUGGAGAAGACGGCAGCAUACAGGAGUAGCGACCGAGCGCGGUGAUGACAGCGGCGGUGUUCCCGUAGGGAGGGCUCGAGGCGGCGUGGCGACGGCAGCGGCGGGGGAUGACGGCGAGCACGCGGCGCUUUCUUCGGGAGAUGCCGCGCUGCUCGGCGGGCUGGCGGGAGCGAUCAGCGCGACGUUCACCUGCCCGCUGGACGUCGUCCGCACGCGCUUGAUGGUCGGCGGCGGCGGCGGAGCGGCGGAGACUUGGGCCGCGGCCAUUAAGGCCGGGGGGCUGCUCUCGGGGCUAGGAACCCGCGUCUUUUACAUCGGCACGUCCAGUGCGGUCUUCUUUGUGGUAUACGAGGCGAUCAAGGUUCGCCUCGGGGUAGUGGCGGCGUCGUCGCCACCGGCUGCAACUAGUAAGGCGAAACGGCAGCAGUGAAUUCGUUGCUCGAUCGCUGAUUGGUUGAUCUUGCUUUGACGCGCGGAAGGUGGGACGUGUGCCGGCAAGCUGGCGUGCCAUUGGAGGCAGGUAUAGUGUUAUCCAGCAAGGCUGCAGGACUUUGGGGCCGUUAAGGCACUCGGUGCUGAUCGCAGUUGAGGCGUCCUGGGUGAUACCCAAGCCAAAUGUGCACGAUGGAACCUGUUGUUGUCAAUUUGUUAUUGUAUGCCUUGUUUAUUUAGAUAGUGAAUUUUGUUGACUUUUGGGAACACGUUUGUUUUGUGUACAUCCUCUUGAUCUUGGCAAAUCCUGACGAGCAGCGGUGGUAUUGUAUGUAGCGUCAGAGUGUUUGCCCGUGCGCGCAAACGCACGCAGAUCUAAAUCUCCCGCUGUCCUCACAUCUCGCUGUCUG